AUGGCAUACGAUGGGAUCCUGUUGGGCAUGGGGAACCCGCUGCUCGACAUCUCCGCGGUCGUGGAUGAAGGGUUCCUUGAGAGGUAACGAAUGCUAGAUCCGAAUCUUUCGUCUCUUUUAUGUCUCUUUGUGGUUAGAUCUCGGAUGCUAGAUGCCUAGAUCUGGUAUCCAUUAUACUCGCAGCGCGAUGAAUAUUUUGUGUGAUGUUCGAUACCAUUACUUGUUACGGAUUCGAUGCUGCGACGUCGAGUGUCCUCUCAUUAUCGGAGAAGUAAGGUCGAUUUUCUGUCUGGAUCUUUAGUUAAUGAGAAUGUAAGCCCCUGCUUCACGAGCGGAGUGCAGACAUCAGGUCUUUAAACAUAUCGUUUUCUGCGAUGGGAUCCGGAAAUCUGGAUUGAUCCAUCUUUUUGAAUCUUGAUGAUGGUUUAUCAUUGUGGUCAUAAAGGUUCCCGGACUUUUCAGCGCAAUCGUUAUUGAAAGUGUCGUAUGCGCUCUCAGUUGUUGGCAUGAACUUAUGUUGGUACCCGGAUGCACGGGCAGCAAUGCUUCUCUUCUGUUAUACAUCUUUCCUCUAACAAGAUUCUCCACUUUUCGGGAAUCAUGUAUUUGGUGAUGUUCUCUAUAGGUUUUUUUCGUAUCUCAGUUUUUCAAUUAUCCCUGGUUCCUUCUUUACAUUGAAAAAUUGAAUCAGGAAGUCGGGUUGCUGAAAUGCUUUUCACUUAAGGCUUUUGGGGAUUCUUCCUUUUUGCUGUUUCUCUUCUGAGCGCUGUACUUAGCAUCAUAUUGUUCUUAUCUUCUGUUUUGGCUGUUUGGUGAGAGUGCGAAAAUUAUUUCUUCUUAGGUAUAGUGGUUUUAUAAUUUAAGGUUUAUCAUUCUGUUAAUGACUACUACUAUUUUGUAAUUUUUAUUGACAAGCCUUGGUUCAUCCUUAUUCUCUGGCAGAUAUGAUGUAAAGUUGAACAAUGCGAUCCUUGCUGAGGAAAAGCACCUGCCCAUGUAAGACAAUUUUUUUUUAGUUGAAUUUUUCUUCUACGUCAAAGUUCAGCCAGUUGAUUGCUUACAUGUUUCGUUAACUAAUUUCCUAUUUCAAACUACUUUUCUUUCCUCCAUUCGCGGGAGAAGUUUCAUCAGUUUGGCAAAAUGUGAUGCUAAAUGUGGUCAUAAAGGUUUUUAAUAUUCAGUCGUAUGCUUUCAUCUGAGUAAUAAGCUUAUGGUCAAAUGUAAUUUUCUUUGCUUGAUAUAUUAACUAUUGAAGUUUUAUGAAUUGACAAUUUCAUUCCUCCUGCAUUGAGUGUAGUCCUGUGUGAUCAUUUUUGUCUGGCUUUAAAUAUGUACUCAAGUAACUGUACACUGACAUAUGACAUUUAUUAGGUAUGACGAAUUGGCAACAAAAUAUGACGUUGAGUACAUUGCAGGCGGUAAAUCAUCUUGAUUAUUUUAGUCAGUCAAUUAAUUGUAGCUGAUUCUUGUGAUGUUUUUCAAUUUUCAUUUUGAAUUUAUCUAUUUCAGGGGCAACUCAAAACUCAAUUAGGGUUGCACAGGUACUGUGAAGUCUUGAUAUUCUUCCCGUUUCAAAAUCUUUGUGUUUCCAUUAACUUGUGGUGUUAAAAGCAAUUUCACUCUGAUUCCCUGUGCAGUGGAUGCUUCAAAUUCCUGGUGCAACAAGCUAUAUAGGUUGUGUUGGAAAGGACAAGUUUGGGGAGGUGAUGAAGAAAAGUUCCCAUGCAGCUGGUGUCAAUGUAAGACUAAUCAUCUGCUGAGAGACUCUUAUUUCUUCUUGAAUUAUAUGGGAAAAAGAAUAUCAAGCUAGGGGUAAUGGCGAUCAGGUCCAGUAUGAUGAGGACGAAACUGCUCCCACAGGCACUUGUGCUGUCUGCGUUGUUGGCGGUGAAAGGUCAGAAAACUAUUCCAUCUUACUACUCUUAUUCUAUAUUUCAGUUUUAUUAGAUAACUUGUGUAAUGUAAGAUUGGACAAAUGCCUGCAAAAUUUUAUUUUCUUCUUUUCUUCUCUCUGGAGGCUAUCCUAUAUUUCAUUUAUUUCACAUUAAUCGUGCUCAAUCUAGUAUAAGGGACGACUGAAAGUCUUAUAUCCCUCAUUUCCUCUCAUGAGAUGCAUCAUUACCGUGCCUUAUUAAAAGUCAAAAGAGUUCUGACAAAGAAUAAAUUUGCUGCCCAGAUCCUCCAUUUUCAUGUGAUUGGGCAUUUAGUUUAUUGGCUUUUAAAGCUGUCUUAAUGCCUGGUGUUCAUUGCAUUGGAAAUCACUAAUUCACGGAUCUAAUUAUUUCAUAGAACGUAAAUGAAAAUCAGAUUCUUAUAGUACAUGUGUGAAUGCCGUUUCAUAGUUUUCUAUUUAGUGUUUUUUGAUCAACAGUUAUUAUUGUACUAAAUUUAUAAUUAACGAAUCAACUUUUUUUACUUUUUUGGUUUCUGUUAGACGACAUUUAUUCGUCACCUGAUCACUUUUAAUAUAAAAUACAAACUCAGAUUCCGAUUUGGAAUCCAAAUUCCAAUUUGGUAUUGUCUGCAGAUAGACGCUUUACUGUGUAAAUAAGCACUAUAUCACACUUGAUGUUCUAUAUUGUUUGCAAGACAUAAUGACGAAAAUGGUCAUAUGCGUAUAUUCAAACUCCAAGAUUCUGGAUUUUCUCCCUCUCGGCCAAUUAGUCACCUUGCUCCUAAAUUCUAGGAGAGGCUUUGUUUCAUUGCUUAACCUGCCAUGAUUUAUUGCAUUUAUCUAAGGCUUUGUAUUCAUGCUGUAUAGCCUUCUAUCUUAAAAAAAUUAGACGUGCAAGAUGCAGGACAUUAUAUUAUUGAAGAUAAAGUAUUAGGUUUUGUUUUAAGUUUGUUUAAAAUGAUUUUCUAAGCCUACCCUUGGUAUUUGAUGUUCUUACCUGUUCACUUUUUGAACAGAUCUUUAAUUGCAAAUUUGUCAGCAGCAAAUUGCUACAAAGUUGAGCACUUGGAAAAGCCAGAAAAUUGGGCACUAGGUAUUGCCGUUUCCUCUUAUUUUGAUGUUAUCAAUCAAAACUGUUAUUAUUGAGUGAGGAAUCUUGCUUUGCCUUUUAUCGUACUUAUAUAUAUAUAUAUAUUACCUUUGAUUGGAAUCAUUUCAAAAUUGGAUUCCUCAAAGAUCAUUUUAUCAUAUAAUUUGGACGGUUUGAGCUGGAUCAUCGCAUGCAAACUUCUGUGUCUAUAGCAUCUCUCUCUCUCUCUCUCUCUCUCUCUCUCUCCUACCCCCUGUACAUAUACUUAUGUUUGUGUCUGCAAGUAUAUACGCUCAUAGAAAAUAAUAUUGUUAUUCUACGUGAGUCUUACUUCCUUUUAUAUCUAUGGCCUUGUCCUGUCAACUGUUAACUCGUCAUGUAAGCAUUAUUGUGUUGAAUUAAUUAUCUUUGUAAAAUCCUAAUACUCGUUUCUGUUCUCUUGAAAGAAUUCCCACGGUUAUUGUUUCUAUACUUUCGGCCACUGACACUUCUGCCCCUGUUCAAACUUCUCCUUCGUGGUCAACAGUUGAGAAGGCCAAAUACAUCUACAUUGCUGGUUUUUUUCUGACGGUGUCUCCCGCCUCCAUUCAGCUUGUGUCUGAACAUGCUGCUGCUACCAACAAAGUGAGUUCUCCUGGACAGUCCUCCAACUUCCUCCCUUCGUGGGUCCGCUCACCGCUCUUUACGGUCUUAUUAUAGGUAUUCUCAAUGAAUCUCUCCGCACCCUUCAUCUGUGAGUUCUUCCGGGAGGCUCAGGAGAAGGCCAUGCCGUAAGCAAGAAAUCCUUCUCUUCCAUCUCAUGCUCAUCCAUGAUGCACAUACCUAAGAUGCAAUCUCUCGGACCCCAGCUACGUGGACUUCCUCUUUGGGAAUGAGACUGAAGCGAGGACCUUCUCCAAGGUUCACGGAUGGGAGGUAUAACUCGAACCUGCUCUCUCUCUCUCUCUCUCUCUCUCUGCCUUCUUCUGCCUUUCAUUUCUUCUAACCGUGGGUGUGCCCUGUGUUUGCCAUUUGUAGACCGACGAUGUCCCCGAGAUAGCAUUGAAGAUCUCACAGUUGCCGAAGGUUUCCAGCACCCGGAAGAGGAUCGCUGUCAUCACCCAAGGUGCCGACCCUGUGGUUGUUGCUGAGGAUGGAAAGGUUGGUUCUUUGCCUUAUUCUGCCCACUGAAAGCUGCCUAGUAACAACUUCAUGAACAUAGAUUAGCUCACACCACAAGUUAGGAGAAGAACAGAAACCAAAACAAGUGCAGGGCCUUGAGCCCGGCCCAAACAUUUAUUUCAUAAGCAAGCUCUUAAAGAAAAAGAAGCCCGAGUUAGUCUCUAUCCUGGCUAAGGCCGAGCUUCAAUAGGGUCUAUAGCGCCGAAGAAUAUUGCCCGCUCACUUUUCCUUGACAUGUGGCUGCCUCAUUAUCAUCCACGUUUCCCCCUCCUUUCCUUCUCUGGACAUGUAUAGACAUGUAUAAGCUCAUAUCAUCUCUAAUUGGGCCUGAUGCUCAUCUUUGAAUUGAAUAACGAGAUGGUGUGUGCUAGCAGGUGAGUCUGUUCCCAGUGAUCUUGCUGCCGAAAGAGAAGCUGGUCGACACCAACGGUGCAGGUAAGCCAUUUGAAACCCCAGAGCCAGCCGCUCUCAAUUGCCGCCAGCGCCGCUGCCACUUAUCGACUCUCUCUCUCUCUCUCUCUCUCUCUCUCUCUCUCUCUCGCUCUAGGGGAUGCCUUUGUUGGUGGGUUCCUCUCCCAGCUGAUCCAGGAGAAGCCCAUUGAGGAGUGUGUGCGGGCCGGGUGCUAUGCGGCGAAUGUCAUCAUCCAGAGGUCAGGCUGCACCUACCCAGAGAAGCCGGACUUCCACUGA